AUGCAAGGAGCGAACCCUGGACGUGUGAAAUUGGCAGAAUCGAUGAUCCAGUUCAAAAAUGAGAAGACAGGGAAAUUGAGCACUAUUAACGCUUCAGACUUGGAUGGUUUGAAUUGGCAGAGGCUUGGGAAUCGACCCGGUCUCAAAAUGCGGUGUUCAGAUGGGAAGAAAAUCCGUUUUGGAGGUUUUAAGGACUCCGACCUGGACAAAAUCAGACAGUUCGCUCAGAAAAAUUGGCAUAAGGAGGUGGAACAUAACGAUCUUGUGUUAAAGGGUUGGAACUAUGGUAAUUGCCAAGUUGAUGGACAAUCUGUCGAGUUCACUCUUGAUAACAAGCCUGUAUUCGAGGUCCCGCUUUCAAAUGUUGCCAACUGUGUCGGAAAUAAAAGUGAAGCUACCCUCGAAUUCCAUCAGAACGAUGACUGUCCUACUUCUCUCAUCGAAAUGCGUUUCCACAUGCCUGCAGAUGUAGACGAUGAGGAAUCUGAUCCCGUUGAGGAAUUCCGUAAAGCCGUUAUGGCCUUCGCUGGAAUUGAAACAGAGACUGGGCAACCGGUUGCCUCGCUGCAACAGAUCCUAUGCACAACUCCUCGAGGGCGUUACGAUAUCAAGGUGUUUCCAAACCACUUGUCACUCCAUGGAAAAACUUACGAUUACAAAAUUCCCAUCAAAACGAUCAUGCGUCUCUUCCUUGUUCCUCACAAAGAUGGCAGACAUGUUUACUUUGUCAUCUCUUUGAACCCUCCAAUCCGGCAAGGGCAGACUCGCUAUCAUUACCUCGUUCUCGAAUUCCUCAAAGAAGACGAGAUUGACCUCGAAUUGGGGUUGACUGAGCAACAACUCAAUGACCAGUAUGGUGGAAAAUUGGAAAAGGAGCUCUCUGGUCCACUCUACGAGGUUGUUUCGAAAAUUUUCCGUGUUCUCAUAAACAUGAAGAUCACCGUUCCAGGGAACUUCAUUGGACACUCUGGCACCCCAGCCGUCAUGUGUGCGCAUAAACAGGCUUCUGGAUUCCUCUAUCCUCUGGAGAAGGGCUUUCUAUAUAUCCACAAGCCGCCUAUGUACGUACGAUUUGAAGAGGUCGCCUCGGUUCAUUUUGCACGAUCUGAUGUUUCUACGCGUUCAUUCGAUUUUGAAAUAGAACUCAAAGCUGGACAGGUGUUGGUGUUCAACAGCGUUGAAAAGGAGGAGUACAACAAGCUGUACGACUAUGUGCAAAACAAGCACUUGCGCAUUCGUAAUGCUAAAAAGAUGGACAAAAAUUAUGCUGAGGACCGGUUCGCUGGAUCGGAUGAUGAGAUUGACCCAUACAAAGAGACUGUCAAAGCGGAAGGAAAGGAGCGCGCUGGUGCAGACUCUGAUGAUGAUUCUGAUUCCGAGGACGACGACUAUGAUCUUGACGAAGAUAUCAAGAAACGUAAACAAGAUCGCGAAUCAAGUGAAGGAAGUGGAUCGGAGCCCGAUGAAGAAUUUGACUCCGAUGCUGCAUCUAGUGACGAAAGUGGAUCUGGUGGUUCGGGCGAUGAAGCUUCACCUAAGAAAAAGAAAAAGGAUGGUGAUUCUGUAGCUGACGUUGCCAAACGAGCUGGAGAGAUGUGGAAAGCUAUGGAUGCAGAAUCUAAAGCGCCAUGGGAAAAGAAAGCAGCUGCGGAUAGAGAGCGCUACGAUACCGAGAUGAAAGAAUUUAAGAAAUCUGGAGCGAAACCAGCCUCUUCGGAAUCAACUUCGAAGAAGUCCUCCGGGCCCUCACCAUUGAAAGCGAAAUCUAAGGAGUACAUAAGUGACAGCGAUGAUUCUGACGACGAUGACGACAAGCCAUUAAGACCCAAGGAAAAGAAGGAAAAAGAAGUUAAGAAGGAGGUCAAAGAGGAGACGAAUUCCGAUGCCAGUGAUUGA